GGAGCUAGCUGAUCAAACUGAGAAGAGUUCAUCAAGGAUGAAAGACUAUGCUGCUCUACUGAUAGCUUCAGCGCUGUUUGCAUUUUUGUCACCAGGAUUGGUGUUUCAAAUGCCGGGGAAGGAGCGUCCCUUCGCUUUCAUGAACAUGAAGACGAGCGUUGCCUCCAUGUUCUUGCAUACUGUAAUCUAUGGUUUGCUCAUGAUUCUAUUGCUUGUUGUUCUUGACAUUCACAUCUAUGCUUAGGAAACACAUCGGUUAUCCAAGGAACAAGCUUUAGGUGCUUUAAAGGUUAGACUGAUUUAGCUUUCUGUGUUACUCUUAUUAUUCAUUUACUAGUUAUGCAGUGGUACGGUGCUUCACCUAUCUAUGUAUUCUACACCUUCAUAAAUUCUGCUAUGUGUAAAUGAUGAAGAGUUAUGUUGUGUAUUAAUCUAUCUGCUUAUAAAGUUAUGAACCGUUUUGUUUUGGCU